AUGUCGUUUGAUGAAGGAAGUCAAUCAUCUAACUCACAAGCUCCUUUAUAUAUGUUUGGUGGCUCUUAUGCCUACAUAAAAAGAUUCAUAGCCAACAUGUACCACAUCACUCAUGAGGCACAAUUUCAGAGAUGGCGAUCUCAGUUUUUUGCAGCUUUCCGUACUGGUGCGAAUGUGAGCUUGGCUGAACCUUUAUCCGAGGUUGCUGACCGUAUUGAAGAAAAAUGUGAACCUCCUAACAUAAUUUCACCACCUCUAAUUAAAUAA